UUCGAGAAGAAGAUCAGUUAGAGGAUUUCGAUGUUAGCAUCGUCCCCAAAUUAGUUUGAAGUCAUGAGCUGGGCCCUGGAGGAGUGGAAGGAUGGACUUCCAGCGAAAGCACUGCAAAAGAUCCAGGAGAUGGAGGUCCAGCUGGACAAAGCCAGGAAAGAAAAGACACAAAAGCAGUUUCAGCUGGACUCCGUAGAAGCUGCCCUUCAAAAACAGAAACAAAAGGUGGACAGUGAACGUACAGAGAGCGGUGUUUUGAAAAGAGAGAAUCAGUCUUUAGUGGAGUCAUGUGAUGCUUUGGAGAAAACUCGCCAAAAGGCCGUCCAUGACCUGGGAGUCAAAGAGAAGCAGGUGAGUUACCUGGAGGGUCAGCUCAACACCUGCAGGAAGACCAUAGAGCGACUAGAGCAGGAGCUCAAGAAGUACAAAAAUGAGCUAGAUCGUUCUCAGUCUGCCGGCUCCAUCUCUGAGCUGCAGCCGUACGCUACUCCGCAGAAGACUUUCGCUACCCCAGCACCUGUCCCAGCCUACAGACAGCACGACAACGCAGCAGAGGAACUUCAGGAGAAAUACAGCCAAGAAGUAGAGGAACGAAAAAGGCUAGAGAAUGAACUCAAAGUGAUGCAGGUUAAACUGUUGAAUCAGUCAUCGUCAGUCAGUGUGAGCCACAAAGACAUUGCAGCCCGCCAGGCUGGAUCCUCCAUAUUCCCAUGGCAACAGCAGGAUAAGCUCCAUGGUCGCCAUUCUCAGGAUCUCAUGGAAACGCCUCUGAAGAGACGAGGGACGUCCCUUUGGGACGCCCAUGAGGCCACACCAAUCAAACCUGGCCAGCGGAUGAGUGCGUCCAUGGUCCAUAGUCCCAGUGGAUCCUCCCAACAGAUGGACCAGCUAAAGACUCUAAACCAGGAGCUGCGUGGUCGUGUGUCAGAGCUGGAGAGGAAUCUGUCCAAUCAGGAGAAGGAGAUUCGUAAUCAAGCUUCCAAAUUACAGGAACUACAAACUCAGUUGAACCAGGCCCGCAAAGACUUGGGUGAACGCGACAGAGACCUGACCAAGUCCAGCCAUGAGCUGACUCAGGUCAGAGACAGGCACCAGCAGCUCGAGACCAAGUGUUCAUCAGCCGAGCAGAAGCUGAAGCAGCUCACAGAGGAGAUGAGUUGUCAGAGACACAACGCUGAAAGCUGCAAACGAGCCCUGGAACAGAAACUCAAGGACCAAGAGAGAAACAGUCAGAAGGAACUAGCAGAGCUCCAGAAUUCCCACCAGGCUUUGAAUCAACAACUGAGCCAAACUAAAACCAAGCUUACACAAGAAAUCCAGCAGUCCAAAAAGGACAACAAUAUACUGCAAUCUGAUACGGAGAAGAUGCGCGUCCAGAAGAGUCAGAUGGAAAGAGAGAUGGAGGAGCAGAAACAGAAACUGCUGCGAUCAGAACAAAGUUUGCAGGCCAUCCAGUCUAAAGAACAGGAACUCCGCAAAAAAAUGGAGGACCUGCAGAAAGAGAAGAACAGUGUGACUGUCCAGUUCGAUCAGAGCAGCAGACGCCUGUGUCAGCUAGAAGACGAGAAGAAAAGCUCAGAGCAAAGCCUCAAACGUGUCCAGGGACUACUAGAUGAUCUCAAAGCAAAGUCAGAGGGACAGGCAGCGGAGCUUAAGAAACUUCAGUCUAAACUGGAGCAGCAGGCUCAGUCUUCAGCAUGCGAGCUGGAAAACUUGAAGAAGUCUCUUUCUGAUGCAGAGACCAAAAAUGAAAGGUCUCAGAAUGAGCUUAAGAAAGAGAAACAAGAGCUGGAGAGGCUGUGCAACAAGCUGUCAGCCUUAGAGACGGAGAGCAAAGAGUUGAAAUCCAACCUCACUGCGAGCCAGAAUGAGUGUAAGACGCUGAAACAAGAACAUCAAGCUCUGCUGGAGUGGAAGAAAGAGAAGGAGAUGUUAAUAAAUGAAACAGAAGCUGUGCAAAAGGAGCUCAACGACAAAAUUAACUGCUUGGAAAGCAGUUUCAGCUUAAUGAAUGUGGCUAAUGAGGACCUUCAGAAGAAGCUCCUGUGUGUGGAAGGAGACAAGGCCAGUCUGUCUGCUCACAUCGAUUCCUUGAAGGGAGAACUCCUCAACAAGAGCACGGAGCUGGAGGAGAAGGAGCACCAGCACAAGCAGCUUCAGGCUCAGCUCUCUGAAGCUGGGCAAAAGCACAGCAAGGACCUGCAAAAUGUCGGGCUACAAGUUGCUCAGCUUGAAGUGCAGGUCAAAGAAUUGGAGUCACGGUUGCAAAAGGAAGUCAGUCGAGCCGAGUUUGCUGAGAGGACGAAUGUUGAGCUGCGGGAGGAGCAGCAGGCGACCUGUGACCUGGUCCAUUCCAAAGACCAGCUGGUGGAGUUGGGCCAAGCUGAGAUCCGGCAGCUGAGGGAGAGCCUCGCACAGACCACUGCACAGCAGGAAGAGCAAAACGCCAGGUUGGCAGAGGAGAGGGCGGUGUUACUGAAGCAGUGUGAGGAGAGUGUGUCAGCAAAGACUGAGGAGACUGAACAACUCAAGCUGCAGAUGGAGGAGGCCAAGCAAGAGCUGCUUCUCUCCAAAAACCAGAUCAGUUCCCUGGAACAUUUCCUGAAGGUCCAGGAGCAGCUCGGAGCUGAGCUGCAGAAACAAAUUGAGACAAUGUCAGAUGAGGAAAAGGAACAAAGAAAGAUGUAUGAGACAAAAUCAGAGGAGUUCAAACAUCUGGAAGGGGAGCUGAAGGAUCAGCAGAGCCGGGCCGAGGAGAAGGAGAAGCAGCUGGAAGAGGUCGAAGCUCAGAGGGCGUCUGUGGAGAAACAAAAGUCUGAGCUGGAAAACGCAGUUCAAGAGUUGAAGAAAGAAUCAGAGCAUCUGCAGCACAUUCAGAUUGUGGAGAGAGAUGAGCUGCAGCAGCAGAUUUCUUCCUUGGAGGAAAUGCUGUCUGCGUACAGAGAAGCAGCAGAGGAGCUUCCAGUCUUGAAGAAUAAGCUGGACGUGGUCAGUCAGUCCCUCUCCGAUGCUAAUAGGUGUCGAGAAGCUCUUGAAAAGGAUCUCUCCUCCAUCAGUGAAGUUAACACCAACCUGGCCAACACUAUUGCUGAGAAAAUGACCCUCAUCACUGCUUUGGAGAAGGAUAUCUCCAAUCUCACUGAAAAGAGGAACGAAGAGUCAGAGAGCCACAAAUUGGAGAUUGAAAACUUAACCAACAACGAGAAGAGUGUUAAAGAGGAGUUUAACGCUACUAAGAAAUCAUUGGCUGCUGCGAAGACGGAAUUGAACUCUCGUCGGGAGCAGAUCAAAACCAUGAAGACGACUCUGUCGGCUGCCUCGCGUGGUUUGGAAGAGAGAGAUAACAGGGUCAGGAGUCUCGAGGAGAAACUGAAUAAAGCGGAGGUAGAGCAGACCAAAACCGCUGACCUUCUGAAGGAAAAGAUUGUUGCCAUGAAGAAAAUCGAGAUGCAACUGGAAAUGCUUCAGAUGGACCUGGAGGAGAACGAGACAGCUAUGAGCUCCGUUGACAGUCAAGUGGAAGAACUUAAGGGAGUUAUAGCAUCACUAGAGGCCCAACUCUCUGAAAACCAGAGCCAGGUAUCGGAGAUGGAGGCCAAACUGCAGGACAGCAAAGCUCAGAUCUCCGUCUUGGAAGUCCGAUUAGACGAGGUCCAAUCCGAGAAUUCUCUGCUGGAGACGAAGUUCGUCACAGCUAAGGAUGAGCUGUUUGAGAGGACCUGUGAAAUGACUCGUCUGGAGGAGGAUGCUGGCAGACGACAGCAGCUGGAAGAGACGGUUGCUGUAUUAGAGUCUAAACUCAGUCACAUGACAGAAGAAAACGCCAAAUUUGAAACCACUCACAGCCAGAUAAUUCAGGACAAAGACAGCAGACUGAGUCAGUUACUCGAGGAGAAAAACAACCUUGAGACUUCGUUUCAACAGUUACUGAAUGAAAAGGAGCAAGUUGAUACAAACAUGAUUGAAGUGAAGGCAGAGAACAAAGAGCUGGAAACCAGAGGAGACAAACUAUCUGAGGAGGUGAAACAACUGCAGGCUGAUGUUAAGCAGCUAGACGAGGAAAAGCACGAAAGAGAUGUUAAGAUUGGUGAAAUGGCUGUAACGGCACGUGAUGCUGAGUCUAUUCUUAACCAGGUCAUGGAGGAGAAAGCCCAGCUCAGUGCUGCUUUAAGUCUGAUGGAUGAGGAGAAAAUCCAACACGAGGAGAAAUUCCUUGCAUUACAAUCUGAGAAAAGAGACUUGGUUGCUAACUUGAAUCAGUUAGGAGAAGAAAGGCGCCAGCUGGAAUUGAGCUACACUGAGGUCUCGGAAGAAAAUGCUAAACUAAAGUCUAGUGUGAAUCAGAGAGAUGAAGAGAAGCAGCACUUGCAAGCGAGCAUAGAAAGGCACGAAGAGGAGAUUGCUUCUCUCACAGAGGCAAACGAAUCCGUGCAGCGCUCCCUCGUGUCUUCAGAACAGGAGCGCCGCAGGCUGGAGGAGCAGCUCCAAAUGAAGGACAAGAGGACAGAGGAGGAGAACAAAGAGCGGAGCCAGCAGUUUGAAGCAGAGCAGGCUGAACUUAACCAGAAACUUGCAGUCUUGCAGAGCGAGCUGACUGUGUUCAGGCAGCGGUACGACGUGCUGCUGGAGCAGGUGGCCCAGCAGAACGGCCUCAUACAGCAGCUCUCUGGACCGCAGGAAGCUCAGACGUCUGAAGAUACAACCAGUCACCAGGGACUUGAAGAGACCGAAAUCAGUGGCCCUUCUCUGGCUGAGGCAGCAUUUGACACAAGUAUCAGUGCCUUUACUGAGACCUGCGCAAGAGAUGAAUCCUUCGUGGUGUUAGAACUCUGUGAACCGUCUCACCAGUCUUUCAGUGAGACAGAGAUGCUCCAGGAGGAGAGGAACGAAGCAUGUGAAGCUUAUGUGGAUCAAAUGAACGGCAACGAGGAGGACCAGCCACUUCCUCAGCAGUUACAGGUUUCUGAAGAAAGCUGUAAUCCUACAGAUGUAGCUGAAAAUGAGUCUGUGAUCUGCACGCUAUCUCAGGAGCUGUCGCAGGAUGACAUCUGCAAGGAAGUUAUGUCAAAACAAGAAGAUGAGCUCCAGACUCUCCGCUCAGAGGUUGACGUGCUGACCUCUGACCUUGAACUGAGAAAAGAAAUAACUUCUGAUUUGCAAGUCCAAAUACAGAACUUAGAGAUGAAAGUUCAAGCCUUAGAGGAGAAGGGACGUGGUUCAGCUGAUCAGCUUUUCAUCGCUCUGGAGGCCAAGAAGGGCCUGGCUACAGAGGUCACUCUGCUGUCUGAGGAGAAGGAGUCAUUAACUCUGCAGUUACAGACGGCUAAAUGUCAGCUGAGGGAUGUUAUGGAGAUGUUGGAAGGACUUGAAAUGGCCAAAGGUGGAUGGGAUGAGAAGUUUCUGCAACAGGAGAGUGAGUUGAAGAGGGUUCGCUCAGAAAAAGCGAACCUGGAGCAGCACAUCCUGGGUAUGGAGUCUGAGCUGGAGUCCAUGCAGGUGGAGAAGGCCAGGAUUAAUGAUGACAUGGAGACCCAGAGGAGGACUUGCUCGGGCAUGGCACAACAGAUAGAAACACUCACGACAGAGAGCGCACAGCUGAGAUGUGAACUUGUGUCCUGCUCGGAAGAGCGUGAUGACUUGAGCCAGUCUUUGAGCCGCUGGAAAGAGAGAGUACAUGGUUUGGAGAAGACUAACUGCGACACCAGAAGCCUCAUAGCCAUCCUGGAAGAUGACAUCAGAGCAGGAAGGAAGGAGUACGAGGUCUUGCAGAGCAGCGUGGAGAAAGUGAAGGCAGAGAGGGAACAGUUGGUGGAGCAGGUUAAGGUGCUGGAUCAGGCGGUUUCUCAAAAGUGCGGGGAAAGAGAGGAGCUGCUUGGCCAUCUUAACCAGAUAAAAGAAGAUCAUACCUCUGCCAGUCAAAACACUGAGUCCAUGGUUGGCAAGAUACAGGCUUUGGAGAGAGAGGUGAGCCUGCUCUCACAGUCUCUGGAGUCCUCUCUGCUAGAAAAAGGAGAGAUUGCCUCGCGUCUGAACUCCACUCAAGAUGAGGUCACACAGAUGAGGAUCGGAAUUGAAAAGCUUCAGGUCCGCAUCGAGUCAGACGAAAGGAAGAAAAAGAAGAUGGGAGAACAGCUCAAAGCGGCACAAAGAAAAUUCGAUUCACUGCAGGAUCGCAUUGACGCCCUGGAAAGAGAGAAAGAAGAUUUGGAGCAAAAUCUGGAGGAAGCUGUGAUCCAGACUGAAACAUCCAAGGCUGAACUGGAGGAGGAGAUGAGAAAGGUGGAGGAGGAGAAGACAGAGCUUAGUGACAAACUGUCUGAACUCUGUGCUACACUCGACUCCCUGAAAUCUGAGAAGGCUCACCUGGAGAGAGAACUAAUCUCAAAAAACAGAGAGAUAGAGGAGCUGACAUUAGCUAAGGAUGAGCUGGAAAGAGGAUUGCAGAAGGCAGAGGUAGAUAGAAGAAAAGAAGAGGAAAAACACAGAUUUAGAAUCGAUGAACUUGAGAAAGGAAUGAGAGAGGAAGCUGAAAAACAAACCGGCCUCCAAGCACAGCUGGAGGCCUUUAGACAGAAAGAGAUGUUGCUGGAAAAGAAGAGCACAGAUACAGAAGGAGAAAGGGAGAGGCUGCAGUCUGCACUGGAGGAGUUAGAGGAGGAGAUGCGACGCCUGCUGAGUUCUGUACAGGAGUACCAGACGGAUGCAGACAGACUCCGCUCUCAGGGAGAGGAGGGGGAGAAGGACAGGAACAACCUGAGGACCCACGUUGAAUCACUGGGAGAAGAGAUAAAGGCGCUUAAGGCACUCCUAACAGUUAAAGAGGAAGAGAUGCAUGCUUUAGUAAAAGAGAGGGAGAACGAGGCAGAUCAGAGACAAGCAUCACUUAAAUCCAUCUCAUCUCUUAUGGUAGAGAAGGAGCACGUUGAGACGAUAAACAAACAGCUGGUAGAAGAAAAAGAGAAGCUGCAGUCGAGCCUGAUCCCAGCAGAACAAGAGAGGGACAGCCUGCGAAGCACAGUACUAUCUCUAGAAGAAGACAGAGAAAGAUUAAAUCAAGACAGAAGCGUGUUAGCAGAGGAGAGAGAGAAGCUCCAAUCAAACCUCUCUUUGACUGAAAAGGAGAGAGAUGAGUUGUAUGAAGCUCUGUCUUCAUUAAAGCAAGAAAAGAUGAGAAUAGAACAAGAGAUACAGAAGUUGCAAGCUGAAAAGGAAGAGCUGGAGUCUUCCCUUUCUUUGACUGAAAAAGAUAAGCUACGCGUGGAAGAGGAAAAGCAGAAGAUUUCAGGAGAGCGAGAAAUACUUCAGACAGCAGCUGUCUCUGUUGAGAAGGAACUGGAAAUGCACAAGCAGACCGUCUCACAGCUCAAAGAAAAGGUCUCUGAGUUAACAUCUUGUGCAGCUCGUAUGACGAAAGAGAGAGACUCGGCCUUGAGCAAGAUGAGCCUUUGGAUGAAGACCUGCAAGCAGCUGGAGCAGGAGAAGCAAAUGAUGCUAAACAGUUCAGGAAAUGGUCGGAGCUGCGAGGAGGCACAGACUGAGAUAACCCAGCUGAAAACGGAAGCAGAGUUGAGAAAGAAAGAAGUGGAAGACUUGACGACAGCCCUGGAGAAAAAGAAGACGGAGUCUCAAGAAAAACAUAGCGCUGCCCUCAACGAAAAGAAAGAGGAGUUGGAGGAGAAGGCCAGAGAGCUGGAGGAGACCAAGAGCAAGGUGGAGGAACUGAAUGAACUUCUUGAGGAGAAAAGCAAAGAGGCGGAUGAGUGCAUGAAUAAAUACUGCAAUCUGAUGGUUAAAGUCCACAAACUGGAAGAGACCAAUGAUGCACUGAAAACACGACUGGAGCAGAUCACCGUGACUCAACGUGCUAAUGAAGCCAACAGCCGCCGGCGCUCAGCGAGGAAGUCGUCCUCCAGACCCCAGGAUGAGAAGAUGAAUGUCAACGCGGAGAACCUGGCUCCCCGAUCCACACCGGGGUCUCCUCAGGGGCCCUUCGCAGGGAAGCGAGGUCACGGCGACUUGAAUGAUAAAGACGUCGCCCACGAGGCCCUACACAAUCUUACUAAGAAGAUCAAAGCCCAGGCCAUGACGACACCCAAACCCAAGAGUGAACAGGUGGAUGACGAAUUCAGGCCAGAGGGGCUUCCUGAGCUGGUCCAGAGAGGGUUUGCUGAUAUUCCUCUUGGAGAGGCCAGUCCCUUCAUCAUGAGGAGAACCACGGCGAGGCGCAACAGUCCUCGGCUGGCUGCCAGGCAGGCUCUGUCUGAUGCAAAAGUUGUGGGACCCGAGUCUCUCCAGAGUCCUUCUGCUUCUGUGUCAACCCCAAACUCCAACGAUAAACGUUCACACCGUUCAGAAAACGGACCAGAGCGGAGAGAGAAGCAACUUCCUGGAGAACAAACCCAAGAACAAAACUGUCAAGUCCAGUAGAUUAAUUUGCAUACACUUUCACACGUCCCAGUAGAUUGAUUUGCAUACACUUUCACAUGUUUUAUAGCACAGAUUCCACAAAAUCUUAGCACCCUGCUUUUUGUUUUAUGCACCACGAGGAUUUUAGUUUUUUUCCUGCACCUUUUGUGUUUCAUGUGGUGUUUAAUCACUUCUAGUUAACCACUCAGCCUUUUCUCUCCAGGUCUUACCUAAUAGCUGAAUGUGUGAGCAAUGACUCACACUCUAAACUUCAAAAAACUGUCUUUUAACAGUUCUCUGUUCUGAAAUUGCAUCUUUCAAGGACCCCAACAUGUUUAUGUCUCUGUUGACCCAUCAGGUGCAUUUGUUUUUCUGUCUAAACUUAUCUUUAUAUAUGUGUUUCUUUAUCUUUUCCACUCUCUCACUGGACAUUCUUAUUCGCUGUUGUGUUGCUGUCUUCUGUAUAUAAAAGUUGUGUUUUUAGUGGACGUUGUUUCCGAUCUCCACCCUCUGACAGCUUCAUUCAUCUAUCAGCCCUGUAACAGAUCACCUGAUAGUCAAAGGCAGCUAAACUUAUCUAGAUUUUCUGCACUGACUUUUUUUUUUUCUCUAUUUUCAAAAUAUAUUUUUGAUUGAGGUAAAAACAAAUCUUAUGUGAUUUGUCUUCUUAGAUGUAUCUAAUUUUUUUCUAGUUAUUUAGGCUUGUAUGGAUGUCAACGCUGUAAAAAGUUGAUGCAAAAAUGGCAUUUUUAACUAAAGUUUCUACUGCUUAAA